AUGGAGGGGCUACAAGCCGCGAAGCAGAAGGCUUCAGAUCUCUUCGUUAAGAAACCCUUAUUGUUCAAAAACGCCCAAUAUGAAAAUUUUCAUGUGGAACAAAAGGGAUACGAUCAGAUGUAUGAUGGAGAAGAUCUGGAGACUCCACCGUCCCCUAACCGACCACCACCACGUCCCAUAGACAAGUACGUGAGGGCAGAAUGCCCGUGCCUGUCAGCGCGUUACACCGUGGCGCUGCUGGCCUGCUUCGGCUUCAGCAUCAUGUUCGGCAUGCGCUGCAAUAUGAGCAUGGCUAAACUCAAGAUGACUGAAAAGCAUAACACUUCAAGCGGGGUUAAGGAAGACACGCCUUUUGAAUGGAACGUGGAAGUGGAAUCUUCUAUAGAUUCAUCGUAUUUCUUCGGGUAUCUCAUCACCCAAGUCCCUGGCGGUUUCCUGGCGUCUAUGUACCCUGCCAAUAGAAUCUUUGGAGUGGCUAUUGUCAUAUCUUCAGUGCUCAAUAUGGCCAUUCCUGGUGCUAUGUCAAUUGGACCAGCUGCAGUUGUGAUGCUGAAAAUUGCUCAAGGAUUUGUUGAGGGUGUGACCUAUCCCUCCUGCCACGGUAUCUGGAGGAUGUGGGCGCCUCCUCUGGAGAGGUCCAGGUUAGCAACCCUGGCCUUUUGCGGGACUUACGCGGGCAUCGUCAUCGGCAUGCCUUUGUCUGGCCUACUGACUGACUACAUCGCGUGGCAGGCGCCUUUCUACUUUUAUGGCGUUUCGGGAAUGAUUUGGUACACCCUUUGGUUAUGGCUGGUGUUUGAGCGGCCAAGCAAGCACCCUCAUAUCUCCGGCAAGGAGCUGACAUACAUAGAACAGUCACUGGGCACCGCUACGCAGGCAGCAAUGCCAGGUUUCUGGGCUACGCCGUGGAAAGCUUUCGCGACGUCACCUCCUGUAUACGCAAUCAUAGUUGCCAAUUUCUGCCGAACAUGGAAUUUCUGUCUUCUCGUAAUUUUCCAAUCUGCAUAUUUCAAUACGAGAUUUAAUAUGCAGAUAACAGAAUCCGGCUUUGUUGGUGCCAUCCCGCACUUGAUCAUGACGUCACUAGUGCCAAUCGGAGGCAUGCUGGCGGAUUACCUGCGCAAGAACAACAUCAUGACUACCACCAAUGUUAGAAAACUGUUCAACUGCGGCGGAUUCGGACUCGAGGCGUUCUUCUUUGUUCUCGUCGCUUAUGCUAACAAUAAGUACUCUGCAACGAUAGAACUGACUCUUGGCGUGGCGUGCAGUGGGUUCGCGAUAUCCGGGUACAAUGUGAACCACCUUGAUAUCGCUCCGAGGUACGCCUCCAUCCUCAUGGGGCUCUCCAACGGCAUUGGCACUAUCGCUGGCUUCCUUGUACCCAUCGUCAUAGACUACAUUACACAGGACAAGGAAAACCACGAAAAGGCAAUAACAGAGUGGCGUGCAGUGUUUCUGAUGGGGGCCACUGUACACUUCAUCGGUAUCACCAUAUACGGGAUAUUUGCGUCAGGCGAGCUGCAGCCGUGGGCCGAACCAACGCCCGCUUACGAGACACCCGUCAAGUCUUUGGAUAAUGAAACUACCUUUACGGAGACAUCAGCAGUGAAGGGCAGUGGGCCUCCCGCGUACGGGGCAAUCGCGCCUCCCAGACCUCCAGUGCCUCAGCAACACGUCCCCAACAAUCCAUUCGUAUCAGGAGCCUACUACCAAACUGAAGCCGUUCAGCCACCAACCCAAGCGCUCCAAGACCUCACCGACGAUGGCACAUAUUAA